ACACAAAGUAGUGUGAUUUUGAGAUCCUUCGUAUAUUUGCUCCUCAAUAUAUAUAGUCAAAGUCAAGCUAUGUUUCUUUUUUAGAAAGCAAGCAUUGAUAGUAGAUUUUCAAUUUAAUUACAAUAAAAUUCAUUAAAAUCUUGUUAAAACAAUUUGAGAUGAACCUAAUCCAAGUGGAGGGCUAAGCCAUGCCUACAAUCCAUCAAAGCACAUGCGCUAUAUAUAUAUUUCACACCACUUGCUUUGCUUAGAUAUGAAUCAAAUCCAUUUUCAUUUUCGAGUGAAAAAAGACCCAAAAUAAUGGGGACAGUCGCAUCACCACACUUUGUGAUAUUUCCUUUCAUGUCUCAUGGCCACACCAUCCCUCUCCUUCACCUUGCCACCCUUUUGCGCCAGCGUUUCAUCGCUGUCACCGUCUUCACCACCCCUGCAAACGCCCCCUCCAUUCGCGAUUUUCUACAAGACGUAUCCAUCUCCAUUAUUGAACUCCCUUUUCCUAAAGGUGUACUAGGCAUCCCUUCCGGUGUUGAAAAUACAGAGAAGCUUCCUUCCAUGUCUUAUUUCUAUCAAUUCGCUAGCGCUACAAAGCUGAUGAAGCCGCUCUUCGAGCAGGCUCUGUCAGUUUUGCAGCAUCCACCUACAUGCAUCAUAUCUGACGCGUUUCUUGGAUGGACUCAAGAGUCAGCUGAAAAAUUUGGUAUCCCUAGGUACUUUUUCUUUGGUAUGAGUAUUUUCGCAACGACCCUAUAUCAACUCCUUGGUAUAGAACGCCCUCAUGCUGAAACUACUUCACCAGACGAGCCUUUUACGUUUUCAAGUUUUCCAUGGUUGAAAUUGACAAGAAAUGAUUUUGAGCCUCCAUUUGGAGACCUUCAGCCAAAAGGUCUAGCCGUGGACUUUAUGUUAGAGCAAGGUAUAUCUUUUGCAAAGAGCCGUGGCAUGAUCACCAACAGCCUUUACAAACUAGAACCAAGAUUUGCAGAUUAUUUCAACCAACACCUCGGACCAAAAUCAUGGUGUGUUGGUCCUCUUUGCCUAGCCAAACAGCCCAUCACAACCGACAACAACAAACACGAAACAUGGAGGAAAUGGCUCAACAAUAAAUUAACCGAAAAACAGCCCGUUCUGUACGUAGCAUUUGGUACUCAAGCAGAAGUUUCUGCCGAACAAAUACAAGAAAUUGCAAAGGGACUUGAAUUAUCCAACACAUAUUUCAUAUGGGUGACAAGACAAAAAGUUCUGGAUCAUUUGGCAGGGUUCGAGGACAGGGUAAAAAAUAGAGCAUUAAUAGUGAAAGAAUGGGUAGAUCAGAGUGAAGUGUUGAGGCACAAAAGCAUCAAAGGGUUUUUGAGUCACUGCGGAUGGAACUCAGUCUUGGAAAGUAUAUGUGCUAAAGUACCUAUUUUGGCGCUACCAUUUAUGGCUGAACAACACAUAAAUGCAAGAAUGGUAACUGAGGAAAUUGGAGUGGGAUUGAGGAUUAUGCCAAGAAAUGGAUCAGUGAGGGGUUUUGUUGAAGCUGAAGAAGUUGAGAAAAUGGCGAGAGAGUUAAUGGAAGGUGAAAGGGGAGAAGGUGUGAGGAACAAAGUGAAGGAAUUGGGAGAAAAUGCAGAGGAAGCUGUGAAAGAAGGUGGCUCAUCUUGGUCCACGUUAGGCCUUCUUAUUGAUGAUGCAUGCGCCGGAAAACUUUGAAAUCUUGAGUUAUUAGUCGGGGUAUGUCUAGAAUUUGAAGUGCAUGGAUUAUAACUUAAUUAAUAAGAUGACUUAGUAAGUUCGUCUAAAUUCGUACCUAAAAUUAUAACCCCCGCCCUCCUCCCCGGGACGCUGGCUGCUUAUUAGUGAUUAAUAAUCUAGUGUGGGUUUUUUAA